AAAUAUUAAGCACACCUGCUCCACCAAGCGACUGAGACUGCCCUUAAAAGAGAGAAGCCAGCGUGCCGCACGGCGUCGAGAGGUUUGCCAGACAACGAUCACUUGUUGGCCUGUUCGGCUGUUAAAUUCCUUGCGCCACCGUCGAGAGCGAGAGCUUUGUCGGCACGUACCGGUACACGAGCGCCGCGCAUGCAGGAGCCCGGGAGACGGACCGCGCCGCCGUUCGCCGGCGUGGACCUCCGCCGGCCGAAGGGCUACCAGGCGCUGGCGCAGGCGGAGGCGUGCCCGCGGUGCGAGUCGCGGGACACCAAGUUCUGCUACUACAACAACUACAACACCACCCAGCCCCGGCACUACUGCAGGUCCUGCCGCCGCUACUGGACCAAGGGCGGCUCCCUCCGCAACGUCCCCGUCGGCGGCGCCUCCCGCAACAACUCCUCCUCUUCCUCCUCCUCGUCCUCGUCUCCCCCCAAGCGCACCAAGAACUCCAGCUCCAACUCCAAGCGCCGCCGCGUCGUGCCGGAGCCGGAGCACGAGCCCGUCCGCACGGACGCCUCUGCCCCCGCAGCGACGACGGAAGCCGUGAGGCCCGUGACAACCGAGGACGCCGCCCCCGAUGAUCCGGCAGUGGAGACUGAGCCGUCGGUAAAGCUUGGGGUCGGCGGCGGCCUCGCGGACGCCGGUGGGAAAGAGCCGAGCCCGUUCGAGUGGCCAUCGGGCUGCGACGACCUGGCAAUAUCAUACUGGGGAACCGGCGUGUUGGCCGACGCCGACCCGGCGAUGUUCCUUAAUCUGCCGUGAACGAUCGAGUGCAGGCACGGCUCUGUGAGUGCGUAUGCUUGCCAUGUUCCUUAACCAGCCGUGAUCGAGUGCAUGGCUAUGUAGUUUACUAAGCAUUACCGCCCAAGACGAUAGCUAGAGCAAAGCAGAGAAGCAGAGCUCCAAGCUUUUCAUCAUCUGCGGAUGUAGGUUUCUGUGCUAGCAUACUUCAGUAAUCUGUAGUUCCCGGAGGCUACGGUCGCAUGCAAGCGCUGUAUAAUCGGUCUCGUAUAUCGUUUGCUCGUGAUGCUUGGCCCUGAAAUCUACAAUCUACAACAAUCUGCAUCCAGAACGGAACGGUUUUGAUAA